UUACUGAUAACUGUCUCUGUUCAUGAUUAAAUAUUAAGUUGCUAUAUACAGUAUUUGCCUUCUAUAAAAAUCCAUCAGUCCAAGAGGAAGAUUUAUGAAGGACAUAAUCACUAGCGAGAGGAACAGUGACCACUGGGAGAAUCUAAAAUGUGGACCAUCUCACCAGUAGAACAAGAGGAUUUUUUUUAUAUCAGAGGGAGGGUAUGAGCUCAGUAUUUGAAUUAGUUUGGUUAAAAACUUCACUGAUGCCACAAUGUACAUGAUUAUUCCUCAUCUUUGGGUGUACAGCAGAUAUAAGAAGUUAUAAACCUACAACAUUUAACACCUAAUGGCACUGAAAGAUUUAGGUGCUUGGAAUUGUCCCCUAUAUUUGUCAACAGUACACUGUUUGCUGUUGAAAUGCCGUCUCUGAAAGGUCUUAGUGCUUAGACUCUAAAUGAAAACAGUUGCAGAAUUCCAGCAAUGGCAGAAAUUCCAUUGCUGGAAUCUCAGCACGCAAUCCAUAAGCGAUGUAUGUCCCUGUAAUUAUAUUGUGUGGCAAAUUUUAAACCAUUUCCUGUUGAAAAAUGAUAAUGGAAUUUUUGUAGCAUUUCUGACCAUCACACUUUCACAAUAACAUGUUGGAAACAAAAUUAAACAGCCACAAAUGUUUUGGAAACGCACAAUAACGAAUAUAAGCCUCGUGCUUAUUCAGCAAAAAGUUUACCCACUAAUGAAUGGAGCUUUUAUUUUGAAAGUCUUUCUAACCGGAGGUUAUGGUUUGCUUUGACUGGCAUGACACCGAUUGAAUGAGCAGUCCGAAAACCACGCAGAGGGAAAUUACCAGUAAAACAACACUAUCCAGUAUAAAUGUGACGAGCAAGCCGUGUAGUGGGGUUAAAACAUCUUUGAACCUUACUGACACCAGAAUGGAGGUAUCAAGGAGAAGAGUUCUCCAGAAACAUCUGGAGCCUGCGAGGCCCCUGCGUCGCUCCCUCCAGGUUGACAUUGAGCCCAAAAUAAAUGCUGCUACAUGUGCACAAGCACUGAUGGAGGAAGAAGAGUCAAAAAUUGGCAUAGAGCAGUUCUACAGGAUUGUCAACCUCCACAAACAGAAAGAAGGCAGAAUAUCUUACUCAAGAGAUUUUUUAAUUGGUCUGGCAAGUUGUCCUGAGGCCAGGAGGAAGCCGGAAUUCUUGCCAGAGCACCCCAUAGUCUUAACCGAGGCAAGAGACGUUAGGCAUCUAAGGCUUCAUGAAAUGAGAUGCAACGAGGAAAAAGAAGAAACGAUGGCAGAAAGGCUUCACUCACCAUAAGACAUUUGCACAGGUGUUCGCUACCCCAAACAGUGUUUCUGUUUUGUUUUCUCAUCUUUUGUCGUGGUGAAUUUAAUUUGACUUUAAACUAACAUUUAAAUAUGCAUAUUUUUUUUCAUUUUUAAUGAGACUUAUAACAGUUUGGGGUGAUAAGACUAAACACCACUUUAUUUGCUUAAGUUUGAGUAUUGCAUUUUUACUUGUGUUUUUCUGCUGUGCACGCUUUGUAUUUAUAUUUUGUAAACAUUUUCUAAACAUACGAUAUUAAUGCCUACUUUUCAGCUGUGGUAGUCAUCACUCCUCAUAUUAGAUUCAUAAAACAAACUCUACCUGAAGUGACAGUGGUCAAAAAGAUGUUUGCCAUCAGCUGUAUUAGCUGGGGUUACAAUAUCAUUGUGAUGUAUUGUGUCCUACUGAACAUGUUGACUUCUUGUCUUAUAAAGGACAGUUUGGAUCAACA